AUGGCGACGACAGCCCUGCAGGCCUCCAAUGCCUUUCAGCGGCUCUCACCCCGCUCGCCCGCACCCGCACGGCGGCUGAUAGUCCUGCUGCUGCUGUUGGCGUUGCUAGUGCUCGUGUGCGGGAGCAGAGGCGGCGAGGGGCUGGGGGAGGAAGGGGGCGAGGGGAAAUCGGAAGAGCAGCAGGAUGCGGAUGAGGAUGAGGAGGAGGAGGCUCGGCGCGCAACGAUAGGGCUGUUGGCGCACGGGUGGAACGACGUGCGCGAGUGGCGCGCGGCGCUGGUGAAGGGCGUGGAGUACGUCAAAAUCGACUUUUCCUGGAUGCCGCCCGCAAGGUGCAAACUGCAGGUGCGGCACCCCUCUCAGAUGCGCCCUGCAGGUGGGACGAGGGACGAGGGGCUAGGGGCGAGGGGGACUUCCUUCCCCGUGCUGCUCCCUGCCCUCCCCUUACCGUCCUCCCCUGCUUCCAUCCUCGCUCCUCCCACCUUUCUCACUCUCAUCUCAUCAUCCCUCCUCUUCCCUUUCCCCCCCCACCGCACCCCUUCUCCAUCCCUCCAUUCCUUCUUCUCUCUGUCCUCCUCUGCCUUCCGUGUUCAUCACAGCCAGCUGUGCCCCAAGAACCGUCCACUCCUCUGCACCACCAAUCACACCCGCGCUGCCAUGUCAGCUCAAGUCACCAGUCAUGAUGUGCCACGUGGCGACGUUGCUGAAGAGAAGGCCAUCAGAAUGCGCCCCACGGUGCCACGUGGCAGCAGCACGAGAGUGCUGAGAGGGAUGGCACGUGGUACAGAUUUAUCCAGUAAAAACAACACCGCCAAUGCAGGCGCAUCUGGUGCAUCUGGGACAGGUGCAUCUGAGACAGGCGAAUCUGGUGCAUGUACAUCUGCAGCGAGCGGGGCAAGGCAGGGGGGAGACGGCAUAAGGUGGGGGGACGAGGCAGUGCGGCAGUGGAUGAGGCUGUUUGACGACUUCUUCCUGCGUGCCUCUACCGCCCUGCAAGAGCUCCACCUCAACACCGAGUUCUUCCUCAACGACAUGGGUGGAAAGUGUGUGGCGCAGCGGUGGCGGCCGUGGGUGAUAGCAUGGGACGACAACGACCUCACCAGCCGCCCCGCCACCACCAACGACCCGCAUGAUGCCUCCGACCGCUUCCAGGUGCUCAACCAUGACGCCACAUUCACCUGGUGGGCGGCAGCAGCGCAGCAGCAGUUCAUGAAGUUCAAGGACUCGCCCUAUGCCCUCGUGCUCUACGAGCCUCAGGACGAGAGGGCAUUUGCCAUGUUUGCAGACGUGUACCUCUCAGCCAACCUCACCCACACGCCCGGAUUCCGCUUCGCCUCCAACAUCGACCCCAUCAUGUUCCGCCUCUUCACCGCGCCCUCCUCCCACCUCGCCACCCACGCUCCCUACGCUGAUGACGUCGCCUCGCCGCCUCCCCCCUUCUCUCGUCCUGCCGUGGCCGUCAUUCCACUGCCCGCCAACUCCACGAGAUAUGGUGUGGCUUGGCAUAACUUUUCCUCCUCCUCCUCCUCCUCCUCCUCCUCCUCCUCCUCCUCCUCCUCCUCCUCCUCCUCCUCCUCCUCUUCCUCCUCCUCGCACUCCUUUGCCAUCCUAACCAUCCAUUGGCUACCAGACAGCCCACUGGACCCGCCCUCCUCCCCUGUCUACACUGUUCAAAUCGCCCCAUCCCUCCCUGCCGCCCACCCGCCUGAAACAGUGAUCAACAGCAACCCACUGCCGGGCGGGGAACUUCUGUCUGCUUGUGAGGUGGAAAGUGGAAAGGGGGGUAGAGCUGAUCGCAAGGGGGGAGAGACUCAAACUGGACAGGUGGGGUCUGAGCAGGUGGGAUCUGGGCGGGUGGCAUCUGUAAGUGUGUUAGACCUGCUGUACGGCAUGACAGUGGCUGUCAGAGAUGGCACGUUUCAGGGAGGAGGGGCAGGAGGAGAUGGGAUGGGAGAGGGAAGUAGGAGGAGGAGGACGGGUGUGGACGGGGUUGUGCUGGUAGCCAGUGAUGCGUGUGGCGGCCAUAUCCUCCUGUGGCUCGCUUAUGACUCGCUAGCUCUCACUCUUAUAUCGAGGAUAGACCUUCCAGAGCGUAUGCCGCAGCAGGCUGGCAGUAGCACGCAGCUUUCCUCAGUCGCGUGGAGCACUGUUGGUCUGGAGAGACCAGCUUCUAACGAGGAUGGGGAGAUUAGCAGUAAACAGCAGCAGCGGCAGCAGCAGCAGCAGCAAGGGAAGAGCCCAAAGCAUGGGGAGGAUGAGGAGAGGGGAGUGGAUGGGUCUGGAGUGGUGGUGGUGGGUGUAGAGGCGUACAUUCCAAGUGGUAACCACCUUCUUGAUGACUCCACAAAAGCAAGUGGUGGAGAUGGGCAGAGGGCAGACGAAGAAGCAAGCAGGCACAGCAAGGGUGGAGGGGAGAGGGGGAGCAGCAAGGGUCAAUCAUGUGGGCUCAUGGGUCGGGUGCUAGUCUGCUCUCUGCCUCCUCUCCCUGCUCAUCACGCUUCCAACUCCCCAGCGGAUAAUAAUGGUAGCGGUGCUGGUGCUUUCAGCACUGCAUGCGUGUCUCUCUGCCUACCCACGCACUCCCUCCUGCACGCCGCUCAGCAGUUGGCCAAGGGGGGCACGGAGAAUGACAAGGCGGUGGGAGAGGCAGAGGCAGAGGCAGAGAGUGCCCCCCCUGAGCCACCCGCUCAUAUUCAAGUGCAGGUCACCCCACCUCCUCUUGCCAACCCCGUGCCCUUCGCACGCGGCUCCAUGCCAGCUGUCAGCAUGGCAUUGGCUGCCGGGAAGCGGGUUGUGGGCGAAGAGAGGAAGGGGGAGGAAGGGGACGCGCGGGUGCUGCUGAUACACACGGAUGCCUUCUGCUGGAACUCCUUCGCCCGCCACGACACCCCACUGGGCUCCCCUCAGGUGUGUGACCUGCCGCGCACCAUAUUCGGGGCGUCUCAACCAGGCAUCCUGGCAUACACUUACGGCCGCCUCUCCACCCUCCACUCCCGCCUCUCCGCCACACACGCCUCCUCCACCUCCACGCUAUCCACCACAACCACCAACUCACCGCCAUCCAACGCCAUGGUGGCAUCGGCGUGUGACAGCGCUCUGCUGCACGGCACGUACGACCAGGGCGCAGCCGCCACUGCAGCUGCCAUUGACGUUGCAACUGACGCCGCCACCACUGGUGCCGCUGCCACCACUGGCGCCGUUGCCCAUGCGGCUGGUUCUGGACAACGGGUGCGGCACUUGGCUAUGUCUCACUCCUCCAGUGCUGCUGCUGCCACCAGUGCUGCUACUGCCAACGGCGCGCGCUUUGGAUAA